AUGACUGAGCAGGAAAAAUGUGGUGAGGCUUCUUUACGUAUUUCUUGGACUCUUGCUAAGCAUAUGAAACCAUUUACUGAUGCUGAAGUAGUUAAAGAAUGCUUUCUCGAAGCGGGUAAUGCUUUAUUUGAGAACAAAAAGGAUGUUGUUGAGACGAUACGACGUAUUCCGUUAUCUGCUUCUACUAGCACCAGAAAUACACACGUUUUGGCAGAAGAAAAUCACUGUGAUGUGAAGCAGCAGUUAAAUAAUGCAAACUAUUACGACUUGGCUAUGGAUGAAUUAUGCGAUGUCUUUGUUACGGCACAGUUAAAUAUUUUUGUACGCUACCUGGACCAAACGAGAGAAACUUUUGUUGAGGAGAUAUUGGCUCUUUUGCCGCUAUUAGGAAGAACCCGAGGAGAAGACAUGAUCAAAGCAGUGAUGGAUUAUUUUGAUAAAGAUGAGUUAAGACUUGAAAAAGCUUUUAUCGGUAACUACUGA